CUUUAGUCUGUAUCUCCCCCUUUUUUUCACCACACCUGCCAUUCUUGCAAUCACUCCUACCAUGAAUCUGCUCAACAAUAAUGACACUCUUAGUCUUCCCAAGCUUCGAAAUGUCUUGAUUCGACUUGAAGACACCAUCAUCUUUGCUUUAAUCGAGCGUGCACAGUUUGCGUUGAACCAACGUAUCUACGAGCCGGGAAUGUACCAAUAUGAUGAUGCGAAGUACAAGGGCUCAUUCUUGGGUUACUUUUUGCAUGAAAUGGAAAAAGUCCAUGCUCGAGUUCGUCGUUACACAUCACCAGAUGAAUAUCCAUUCACAUCACCUUUGCCAGAGCCGGUGUUACCACCAUUAAAUUUUCCGCCGGUCCUACAUAAGAACGACAUUAAUGUGAACAAGGAUAUCAUGGAGAGAUAUUUAAAGGAUAUAGUGCCCAAGAUUUGUCCCCCGGGAGAUGAUCAAAACUAUGGAUCUUCAGCCACUAGGGAUGUAGAAUGUCUUCAGGCGCUCAGCAAACGUAUCCAUUACGGCAAGUUCAUUGCAGAAUCAAAGUUCAUUGAUCCUAAGGAACAAAAGACAUAUAUUCGAUUGAUCCAAAACAAAGAUCGUGACGGGCUCAUGAAAUUGUUGACCAAUCGAACGGUGGAGGAAGCACUGUUGAGACGAUUGCGUCGAAAGGCCAUGAUCUAUGGUCAUGAUAUUACAGAAACUGGAGAAAUCGAUGGUGGUAUUGCUGUUGAUAACAAUGGCCAACCACUGUCAGCAUCAGAACAAGCUGAACAACACAAGAAUCGAAAGAUCCGUGCAGAUGUGGUGGUGGAUCUCUAUGAACGGUUUGUGAUCCCUUUGACAAAGGAAGUUGAAGUCGACUACUUGCUGCAGCGAUUGGAUGGGCUGAAGGUCCCAGAGUAA